AUGACGCCUCCGCUGAUCAAUAGGAGUUGGGAAUUGAAUACAAAUGUGACGGACGCCUUUGUUAUAGUGACUGCUUGUCAGGUAGAUUGUGUGCGUUGCAUCUACAUGAGAGGAAUAACAGCUCAUACCCUGCUGCAUGCUGCAUCGGCUCUGUCGGCAACCCUGCGCACAUAUCAAGCGGCGGCGUGUGACGACCAGCCAGUGAGCAUGCGGUGUCCGAGUGGCACCAGCAUUUCGGUGCAGGUCGCCCAGUACGGCAACAAGGACAAGCCACUCGCCAGCCUCUGCCAGCACCAUCAAAACAGCAACAACUACAACACCACGUCUUGCUCUUGGCCCAGCAUAUUGCAGUACUCUCUGUUGCAGACUGUGGUGGAGGCCUGCCAAAAGAAGAGGAACUGCCGCCUGCAGCCGGCGCCCAACACCACCUGCCCCGGCACGCAUCACUACGUCGAGCUCGCCUACAAGUGUCGACCUUCCUCCAAACAGCCCAAAUGGAUGGAUGCCUAUCUAUAG